AUUUCACAACUAAAUUAGCAUGAUCAAGUUGUUUUCUCCACAAGAAAAAGACGGAAAAUAGGAAAAAAAAAAGAUAAACUCAGAUAGAGAAAUUAUUAAGCACUUCCAAAAUCAUUGUUUGAAAACUGCAAAUCAUUCGUCCUCACCAGCUAAGAACCUAGAACACAGUGUCGGCCCCCUCGCAACUGUUCCAAAUUUAAGGUACAGAUUCAUUAAGUAGCCCAUCAACAACAACUGUCAUAAAAUCGCCACUGCAUGUAUCAAAGAACAACGAAUCGAGCUUGAUUGCAAGAACACGAGCAAUAAAGGAGAAAAAGAUCAUAUUUUUUUUUUUCCUUUCCCCCCUUUUCUUUUGCCCCCGUUAUCUAUCUUCGGCCGGCGAAAGAGAGACCCACAGAGGAAGAGAUUGUGGAAGGUGUCUGAAGCAGAGUUAUGGGCUGCUGUUGUUCGAAAUUCCCACCAACCGAGACGCAGCCGGUGAAGGAGAAGGCCCAAAACCUCGGCCCGGCUUCACUUGUUACCGGUCCGCCGCCGCCGCCGCCCACCGCCCCACCGUCUGGCGGCGGACCGGACCCUGUCGCAGCGCCACCUGGGGUUCCAACGUUUUGCGAGUUUUCCCUCGCUGACCUCAGAACAGCUACGAGUAACUUCAGCCGGGAUUUCAUAGUCUCGGAAAGUGGAGAAAAAGCCCCUAACGUUGUCUACAAAGGGCGCCUGCAAAACCGCCGGUGGAUCGCCGUCAAGAGAUUCCCUAAGCUGGCCUGGCCCGACCCGAAACAGUUUGCGGAGGAGGCAUGGGGGGUUGGUAAGUUGAGGCACAGAAGGCUUGCAAAUUUGAUAGGGUAUUGCUGUGAGAGUGAUGAACGGUUGCUAGUUGCAGAGUUCAUGCCCAAUGAUACUCUUGCUAAGCAUUUGUUCCACUGGGAAAAGCAGACCAUUGAGUGGCCUAUGCGCUUAAGAGUGGCACUUAGUAUAGCUGAGGCCUUAGAAUAUUGUAUUAGUGCCGGCCAUUCGUUGUACCACGACCUCAAUGCCUACAGAAUUCUCUUUGACGAGGUGAUUUUCGUAAUCCUGCAUAAAAACUUGAAGGACCUGUUGGUGGCCAAUGAAGGCGAUCCUCGGAUUUCAUGUUUCGGCCUCAUGAAAAAUAGCCGGGAUGGAAGGAGUUAUAGCACAAAUCUUGCCUACACUCCCCCUGAAUAUUUGAAAAAUGGAAGAGUUACCCAAGAAAGUGUGGUAUACAGUUACGGUACAGUCCUCUUGGAUCUGCUGAGCGGUAAACAUAUACCUCCGAGCCACGCUCUUGAUAUGAUACGCGGUAAAAACAUGAUAAUUUUGAUGGAUUCUCAUUUGGAGGGAAAAUUUUCUACUGAAGAGGCAACAGUAGUUGUGGGUCUCGCCUCUAAAUGCCUGCAACACGAACCUAGGGAGAGGCCGAAUAUAAAAGAUCUUGUCACAACUCUUUCCCCUUUACAGCUCAAAUCAGACGUUCCCUCACUCGUGAUGCUCGGAAUUUCUAAGCAUGAAGAAUCUCCGAAAAGCCCACAAAGAGCACUAUCACCAAUGGGUGAGGCGUGUUCCCGAAUGGAUUUAACCGCAAUACACCAAAUCCUAGUCACCACUCACUAUCGAGACGAUGAAGGAACCAAUGAGUUGUCAUUCCAAGAAUGGACACAGCAGAUGAGAGAUUUGUUGGAUACUCGGAAGAAAGGGGAUUUUGCGUUUCGUGAUAAGGACUUCAAGUUGGCUGUAGAUUGUUAUUCUCAGUUUAUCGAUGUGGGAGCAAUGGUGUCCCCAACUGUAUACGCGCGCCGUAGCUUGUGCUAUCUGAUGAACGACCAAGCUGACGUGGCACUUCGAGAUGCCAUGCAAGCGCAAAUCGUGUAUCCCGAUUGGCCCACAGCUUUCUACAUGCAAUCGGUUGCACUCGCCAAGCUGGACAUGCACCAGGAUGCAGCCGACAUGCUCAAAGAGGCGGCUGGGCUGGAAGACAAGCGGCAAAAAGGUGGAGGAUCGUAAAAAAAGUACAGUGAAAAGAAAAGAAAUUAAUCCACCUUUUGUAUCAUGAAUCUUUCUUGGAAUUAAACUUUCAUUAAGAAGUCAGUUGCUGCUUUCUCUAGUUUAAAAUUGUACUAUACGGCAAAUGUAUUUGAGUUUAUUAACAAGAGUAGAUUCAACUUUUCUUUUUCUCUUUUGUUACACUAGUGUUCUUUACUACUUGGUGUGGAAAUAAACAGCAUAGAAAUAUGUGGAUGUUGGGAUAUAUUUAUUUUUUGUCAGAUGUAGUAAAACCAUUUAUUGAUUUGUGAGAUAUAUAUAUAUGAUUAUAACUAGUGCUGUAAAUU